GAUAGAAUCAAUGUGCUUUGACAAGGUAACAAGUUAAGUUUUGUUUUAGCCUUUGCAGGCUUUGUUAGAAUUCCACUGAAAAUCAUUUUACAUUUGUGUCUCGGAAAUCAUGGUUUCGGGACUGAGGGCGAAAACUAGGAAAGGUCCCUCAGUUCAAGUAGAUUAUCUAAUUCAUAUUCAGGAGAUCAAACCUUGGCCUCCCUCGCAGUCAUUGAAGUCGGUACGUGCUAUUGUGAUCCAAUGGGAAAAUGGAGAUAGGAAUGGUUCUACUAGACAAGUUGUCCCAUUUUUAGGCUCUGGUGUUGGUGAUGGAAGAAUUGAGUUCAAUGAGUCCUUUAAACUACCUGUGACACUACUGAAGGAAAUUUCUAAUAAAGGGGGUGAUGGAAACAGUUUUCAAAAAAAUUGCAUUGAGUUCAACUUGUAUGAACCCCGACGUGAUAAGACAGUGAAAGGUCAACCAUUAGGAACUGCUAUUAUCAAUUUGGCUGAAUAUGGUGUUGUUAAGGAGGGUUUGAAUGUAAGUGCCCCUAUUAAUUGCACAAGGGCUUAUAGGAACACUACACAGGCCCUUCUCUUACUGAAAAUCCAGCCAUUUGAGAAGGGUCGUGUGAGCUCCUCAUCUUCAAGUGACAUUUUAACGAGAGAAGUGUCAAUAGACCGUAAUGGUGUUGAAUCUGUGUCUACAUUGACAAGUGAAGAAUGUGCUGAGGAAGCUGAGAUUGCCUCAUUUACCGAUGAUGAUGGUUCCUCGCACUCAUCAGUUGCUGUUUCUUCUUCAGCUAAUGGAUCGAACUGUGGUUCACUACCACAAGGAGAGGAUGAAGCUGAGGGAGUGAAAAGUAAUCCUGGACAACAUGAAGAUGAACAUCUCCUACAUUCAAAGAAAAAGUCUGUAGAUUUGGAUGAGAAGCAAGUGGUGAUUUCAUUAUCUGAUUUGAAGGAAAGUCCAUAUCCCUCUUCAACUGAUUUGUCUUCUGAUCUUGCAUGGCUCUCAAGGAAAAUAGGUGGUAGUGGUAGCAAUAAAUUCUCAACAUCAAGUGAGAAUGAAAUAACUGAAAACUCUCAGAAUCCGCGGGUGAUGACCAAACAUGUUGAACCAGUACAACGAAUGGAAAGAAUACUGGCUAACAGUGAAAGUGGUGGUGAAAUAUAUACUCCUCAAAAUUCUGAGGAAGGGAGGCUCAAUAGUCAUCUAGAUCAAGAAGUCUUUCCAAUUUCACAUAUCACAGAUGAGAGUAAAAGCUUUAUGAACUCAGCAAGUCAUUUCUCCAGUUCUGAGAAUGCUGAUAAUGCUUCUACUCCUGUUGUGGAUAGGCAUGAGGAUGUGAGAGAUAUUGUUACCAAAAAUGGUUCUUAUGAGGGUGAAAACAGUGAGAAUUAUCAAGAGAGGAGGCAGGAAUCUAGUGUCUAUAAUAUAGAGAAUUAUCAGGAAAAUGAAAAAGUACAAGAAAUUGUCGAAGAGGAAGAAAGUGAGGAUGCUAUGAAGAAUGACUCAGAAGAAAGUGACGUAAAUUCUACUGACUCUGAGAAUGCUUCUACUCCUCUUGGAAAUAGACAUGAGGAUGUAAGAGCUGUUGUUACCAAGAAUGGUUCUUAUGAGGGUGAAAACAGUGAGAAUUAUCAAGAGAGGAGGCAAGAAUCUGCUGCCCAUAAUAGAGAGAACUAUCAGGAAAAUGAACAAGUACAAGAAAUAGUCGAAGAGGAAGAAAGUGAGGAUGCUAUGAAGAAUGUCUCAGAAGAAAGUGACGUAAAUUCUACUGACACGGACAGUUAUGGAGCAAAGAGUAGUAUCCUGAAUAAUGAGAGAUUAAAGCAUGUAAAGUCAGUUAGGUCAUCAGCAGAACCUAAUAGAGUAAGAGGGUCUGUCUGGGGCAAUCAACUUUUAGCACAAGAUAAACAGAUUAGUACUCAAGGUUUAGCAAACGAGUGGAAAGAUCGAAAGGCGCAUUCAACAAUUCUUUUGGAAAGCAAACUCCAUAAGUUGGAGCAAAGAGUAAAGAUGGCAGAAGGAGAAUUGAGAGAAGCUGCUGCAAUUGAAGUUGGCCUCUAUUCGGUUGUUGCAGAGCAUGGGAGUUCCACAAAUAAGGUUCAUGCUCCUGCUAGACGCCUGUCGAGGUUCUAUUUCCAUGCUUGUAAAGAUGACUCUCUAUUGAAAAGGGGAUCUGCUGCUAAAAGUGCUGUCUCUGGAUUAAUUUUGGUUGCAAGAGCAUGUGGAAAUGAUGUUCCUAGGUUAACUUUCUGGUUAUCAAAUUCGGUGGUGCUGAGAGCAACUAUAAGCAAAUUCCAGAGGCAGCUGUGUUUGCCCCGUGCUACUGAAACUAUGCUUGGAGAGGCUGUUUCCAAGGACAAGAAAAAUAUAUCUUCCCCACUUAAGUGGGAGACUUUUUCCAGCAAUGUUAUAAGGGAUGAUUUUUGUGAAAGUUUUGGUAAUUGGGAGGACCCUCGUACAUUUACGAGAGCACUUCAGAGAACAGAGGCCUGGAUAUUCUCCCUUAUCGUUGAAUCUAUUUGGUGGCAGACUCUCACUCCACAUAUGCAAUCUGGUGCUGCAAAAGAAAUCCGUUUAAGUAUGAAUUCUUUGAUAAGCAAAGUUUAUAGAAGGACAGCAAGUUCAGAUAAUGAAGAGCAUGGAAGUUAUUCUUCAGAGCUUUGGAAGAAAGCCUUCAAGGAUGCAUGUGAAAGGAUUUGUCCUGUUCGAGCUGGAGGGCACGAGUGUGGUUGUUUGCGUUUUCUAUCUAAACUGAUAAUGGAACAAUGUGUGGCUAGACUGGAUGUAGCUAUGUUCAAUGCAAUCCUUCGAGAGUCUGCUGAUGAGAUUCCUUCAGAUCCUAUAUCAGACCCUAUUAGUGAUGCCGAUGUUCUUCCUAUUCCAGCUGGACAGGCAAGCUUUGGGGCGGGGGCACAACUGAAAAAUACGGUUGGGAAUUGGUCCAGAUGGCUAACUGACCUUUUCGACAUUGAUGAUGGGGAAUCACUAAAAAAUAGUAAUGAAGAGAAUGGGAGUAAAGAACUUGACACCUCUGCAAAGUCUUUCUACCUUCUAAAUGCAUUGAGUGAUCUUAUGAUGCUUCCGAAGGAUAUGCUUUUAAGCAGGACAAUGAGAAAAGAGGUAUGUCCGGCACUUGGUCCAUCACUAAUAAGAAGGGUUCUUAAUAUAUUUGUUCCAGAUGAGUUUUGUCGUGAUUCAAUACCUGAAGCUGUAUUUGAGGUUCUUCUCUCAGAGGAACCUUCUGAGGCUGAGGAUGAUUCUGUUACAAACUACCCAUGCACAGCAGCUCCUGUGGCUUAUAUGCCACCUCCAAUAGCUUCAGUAGCCGGUAUGUUGGGUGAUGGUUAUAGCUAUUCUAUGUUGACAAGAAGUGCAUCUUCAGUGCUCAAAAAGUCAUACACAAGUGAUGAGGAGCUUGAGCUAUUGGAUUCACCCUUGAAUUUUAUCAUUAGCGAUGGCACUGAAGCUUCACAUUCUUUAGCAAAACAGAGUUCCAUGCCAAAAAGUAGUGGAAGGCAGAGGUAUCAACUCCUUCGGGAGGUUUGGGAUAACAGUGAGUAAACUGAGUAGUUGUGGUGUUAAAAGAUCGUUCUUGCUUUUCAUCUUAAGUAAGAUAGGGAUCAACGAUGAGAGUAUGAUUUGUGGAUAUGAGAAGCACUUGUUAUGUAUCUUCACGUGUAGAUAUUGAAGGAGUUAGGUGUCUGUAGAAAUAUUUGAUAAAGUUGAAUGGAAAAAAGGUGUUCUUCUUUCCAUUUUGUGAUUGAGUUAUUGCAGUUGAAUCUAUAAUACAUUUUACUGCUUCAUAA